CAUGUCUUGAACCGCUUUUGUCUGAAGCGUCAAAUGCCAUGAAUGAAGCUCUCUGAUCUGCGGCCCUUGCCGUCAGUCUACCUGCUGAAGGCUUCACAGAGAGUGUCGAGGAUCUAUGAGAAGCUCGACCUGGGCUUGUACGAAGAGGCACAGGCCCUUGCAGAAGAUCUGGGGGAGGCAGAAAGCUCUACAGACAAGGAGAUCUCUCCCAUCGUCCUCUCCGAUGUGCACCGACUCUGGGGCGAUCUGCGUGGGGCCUUGGACUUGGCAGAGGAGGCUGCCGCUAGCUUCUCCCAAGCUCAAGAGCAGCAAAAGGCUGCGGCUCUGGUGGCGCUCAGCCGCGCGAGAGCGGAGAGAGCAGGUCAGCGACAAGAACCUGAGACGCUGGCGCAGCUGGAGUUGCUGGUCCAGGAGGCACAGCAACGGCUGCACCAGGGUCGGCCCCCUGACCCUGCCCUGGCAGAGGGCUUCGGGCAUUUGCUGGCCGCGGAAGCUGCUAUGGCGACGGAGGACUGGGCGAAAGCCUCCCACGCGGCCAAGGCGGCGAUCGCGUGCUUCAGGCUCCGUGAUGAGGUGGCUCAGGCCGCGGCACUGCUCUUGAUGGGCCUGGCCGGUUUUCAGAGCAACGCACCGAGGGAGGCAGUCUCUGCAGCCAACCUCGCGGCGGCCGCCUGUCGCGCCCAGCGGAAGGUGUGGAUGGAGGCGGCCUCCAAGCGUUUGGGACACCUGGCGCAUUGGCGCUUGAAGGAGACGCAGCAGGCUGCGCAAUUGGCCGAGGAGAUGCUCCUGCUCGUGAAGGCAGCUGGAACUUCUGUGCAGCAGGUGGAGGCUCUGCUGGAGACAGCGGAAGCACACCUGGUCCGAGUCAAGCAGCGGGAGGCCAAUGCUCAACGCAGCUCUCUGGUGGCAUGGGCCUCACGAGCGUUUGACCUGGCGGGGGAGGCCCUCACGCUGUGCGACGCGAAGUCGCUCCGCUCCCAGGCUUGUGCGCGGCUCCUGCGGGCCAAGGCAGCCCUCCAGGGCGGCUUCAGCUUGGCCCAGGCCUUGGAAGAUGCAGAAGAGGCCCGACUCCUCAUGAACGACGUGUCCGAACGCCGUGGGGUGGCCUCGGCUUUGUUGCUCCAAGCUGAGGUGAACUCCUUGGAGGGCCGCACGUUGAAGGCUUCCAGUUUGGUGAAAGAGGCGCAAGCUCUGAGUGAGGACCUGCACCAGGCCGAUUUGCCUGUGUUGCCGCCGGCCGCUGGAGCCUGAGCCGCGGGGGUUUGCGAAACGGUGCCGAAAGGGUGCUGAAACGGUGGCCUACCGGCUCCCUCAAAAGAAGCAUUUGUUCGGACGUUGAAAACCAGGUUGUUCAGUCAAGAGACAAUAGUUGUUCAGUCAAGGCCAUGAGAAUAUGAGAACAACAACUUUCGAUUGGACAUCACCUCCCUCCGCACUUCGGACGCCAGGAAGCCUCCGCCUGAGGCCCGCUUGAGUGGAGCGGGUCCGAGUAUUGGUCCACGUCAUGUGGCCUGGGGCCAUGCUGCUCUGGUCUCACCAAGGCUGCAACCCUGGAGGCGAUGGAUGGACUCGGAUGGGACCAUCACAUCCACUUCUACUUCACAGGUCUUCAGGGACGACCGGCCAGCAAUGUGGUGAGAGGGAAGUAGAGCGAAGCACUGAUCGCAGCGGCCCCGGACCGGAGAAGCUGCCUGGCCCCUUUGGGCGCGUGCGCUUCUCGGCUGCCUGCGGUUUCGACACGGCGGAGCCUUGAUGUUUUGGAGGCAUGGGCAGUAAGAUCUGGACCUCAAUCCGGCUGAUUUGAUGCUGUUUUUCCCUUUCAGCGCAAAGUGAG